GAUUUUUUUUAAUUACAAACAACAACAACAACAACAAAAUGUUCAAAAAACCUUUAUUUAAAUCAACAAUAAAUUUAUUGUUGAAUAAAAAUUAUAAUUCCAAAACCAUCAACAUUAAUAAAUCGAUAAUACGUACAGUAACAUUUUCAACUGAACAUGAUGAAUUACGUAAAACAUGUAAUCGUAUAAUUGAAAAAGAUAUUAAUCCAUUUGUAAAUGAAUGGGAAGCAAAAGGAAUGUAUCCAGCACAUGAAGUGUUUAAAAAAUUAGCCAAUGCAGGAUUAUUUGGUAUAACUCGUGAUCCAGAAUAUAAUGGACAUGGAUUGGAUUAUUCGUAUUCGGUUGCAUUUUUCGAAGAAUUGGCUAACAUAAAUUGUGGUGGUAUAGCGACUUCAAUCCUUGUACAUACGGAUAUGUCAUUACCAGCUCUGGUAAAUUUUGGAUCCGAUGAAUUGAAACGUGAAUUUCUUGCACCAUCAUUAUCCGGUGAUUAUGUUGCUUGUGUUGGUGUUUCCGAACCAUCAGGUGGUUCUGAUGUAGCUGCAUUACGAUCGUAUGCACGUCGUGAUGGUGAUGAUCUAAUUAUAAAUGGUAGUAAAAUGUGGAUUACAAAUGGUGCUCAAGCUGAUUUUAUGUGUAUGUUGGUUAAUACAAGUCAUGGUCCAGUUCAUCGAAAUAAAUCAUUAGUAAUUGUACCAUUAAAAAGCCCUGGCGUAACGGUAGCUAGAAAAAUCGACAAAAUUGGUUUACGUAGUUCGGAUACGGCUGAAAUUUUUUUCGAUAAUGUUCGUGUUCCAUAUCGUUAUAUAAUCGGUGAAGAAGGACAAGGAUUCAUGUAUCAGAUGAUGCAAUUUCAAGAUGAACGUCUUUGUGUUUCUAUAAAUGCCGUGAGUAUGAUGUUUCGUUUCAUACAAGAAACUAUUGAUUACUGUCGACAACGGAUGACAUUUGAUCAGCCAUUGAUCAAUAAUCAAUAUAUUCAUUUUCGUUUAGCCGAAUUACAAUCAGAUGUUGAAUGUUUAAAAUCACUUAAUUAUCGUGCUGCUGAUGAAAUGAUGAAUGGCGAAAAUGUUACGUAUUUAGCAUCUAUUGCUAAACUUAAAGCUGGUCGUCUUUCUCGUGAAGUUAUUGAUUCAUGCCUGCAAUAUUUUGGUGGUAUGGGUUUUACUGAAGAUUUACUUGUUGGCCGUGCAUAUCGAGAUAAUCGAGCUUUGUCAAUUGCAGGCGGUACCGAUGAAAUUAUGUUGGGCAUUAUUUCCAAUCUUAUGGGUAUAUUACCUAAAAAGCCACGAAAAGCAGAUGAAAAACUUGCAAAUAAAUCCUAAACAUUUUUAUUUAA